UAGAUUGGAUAAUUUGGACAUGCGCCGGAUCGAUUUCAAAGGUAGUGAAUCAAAACAAAGAACUUGCAAUCUGUCAAAAUGUCGGUCAACGCUCAGGUACAUUUGACCAAUAAUGAAAACAUUAAAAUAAACGAUAAAACUCUUAAACCCCUAUUUUCCAAGCAAGCGGAGUGUUCAUAUGUGUCUUGUUAUUGCGAAGAAAAUGUAUGGAAAUUGUGUCAGGAUGUAUCACUAAGAAUACCGGAGGAGUUGGAUCGGUGCUUCGUGGUAUUUAUAUCUAACCCUUGCCGCACGGUGCCUCUCUGGAAACAAAGGGCUGGGCGCGAGGAAGAUCGUCUCGUCAUAUGGGACUAUCAUGUGAUAUUCUUGUACUCUUGGGACUGCAAGACUUGCCUUGUCUACGAUCUGGACUCUGAGUUGCCUUUUCCAACAUUCUUCCAUAAAUAUGUCACUGAGACAUUUCGUACAGAUCAGGUGUUAAAAUCUGAUUUUCACAGAUUCUUUCGUGUUGUGCCUGCAAAACAAUUCCUGCAACAUUUUGCAUCUGAUCGUCGUCACAUGAAGAGACCUGAUGGAUCAUGGAUUAAGCCCCCACCUCCAUAUCCAGCCAUCUGCACCUCAGUGGCAACAAACAACCUAGAUGAGUACAUCAACAUGGAUAUUGGAUCAGGAUUGGGGCAGGUUUUGAGUCUGACAGAAUUAGUGCAACGGUUUUAUAAGAUAGAGAAGUAGUAUAAACGAGAACCAGUUGUGGUGCAUGCCUGCCUGAGAAAAUCAGUAGUUAAAUGAAAAUUUUUAUCAUAUACAUUUUGAAUGUAACUGAAGGUUGUAAGAAAAAUACAACUCAGGCAGACAACACCAUUAGAUAGUCAAAUGGCGCAUUUGUUAAUUUAAAAUUUUCCAUGGCAGAGAUCAUGGUUUUAGUUGAUUAUGUUAUAGUAAUCUUUGUUAAUUAUUUUGUUGUUCCUGUGAUUAUUUAAUUAUUUAUUACCAUUACUUAAAAAUCUAUUAUAACCUAAAGUCAGCCUAUAGCUUAUAAAUAUACAGAGCACAGUGAAUUUCAAUUUUGCCCACCUAUUACACAAACAAGUGUCUUGCACAAGAAAACUAUGAAUAACCACUCAUUUUAAAGCAUAGAGGUACAAUAAUAUAAAGAGGAAAUGGCGCCUCCCCCGUUUGACUGAAUGAGAUGCUCUUAUGGAACUUUCAGUAGGAGUAGCAGAGAAAGCGUUAUUAUUGUUUGUCCUUAUAGUCUCACAUUUUUUUAAUUCCCUACCGUAAAUUUGUAUGGUUUAUGGUGGGCUGCAAAUCUACUCGAUUGCGUAUGUUCUGUCCCUCACGGGAGCACGCAUAUAGCUCAUCUAUGUAAAGGUCUGUUUUAAAGCCACUUAACUUAUUGGUCAAAUUUCUAUGUACUAUGUUAAUUUAUCUUUGUUUAAACCUUUUAUUUACAUCUGUUCAUUAUAAUUUUUAAUUCUAUCAAUAUAAAAUGCCUGGAGGCGCACAGUGGAAAAGCCGUCUGGACCGCGAAUAAUGAAAAUUCCUUCUGAGAGCCCUAUGUCCCUGAUGAGGGAAUUGAGGGAUAACAAGAUACCAUCAUCAAUAUAAAAUUAGUGUGUAACAUACGUAGGAUUGUUGACCAAUGAAUUAUUACAUAUAAAUGUUAUCAAAUAUUUCUAUUCCUUCAAAGAUAAACUGAUGCCUGUAUUUAGAUAGAACAAUUCUAAAAAAACUUAGUAGUUUUACAGAGAUGCUCGUGCUUUACAUUUACAGCAUCUCAAUUUUAUAAAAGCAUGUUAGUUAGGUAAAGGGAACCUGUGCUAACAUUGGUCGGCCCUCCAAAUUUCAACCACCUAUAUACUCCACAGUAAUUUUGGCGGCUGAUAUUAGAAAGGUGGCUGAUGUUAGGGCAUGUUAGCCCACAACAUAUUAUAUCAUAUAAUUAUGUAUAUGUCUGUAAAGUUAAUUGUUCUUCUGUUUCCUUGAAUUAUGAAGAGUAUAUUUUAUCUCUACCUCUUGUUCUCGGUUUGACUGAAGAAGUAAUCCUUAUUUACGGAUUGUAUGUUACCUUGAGUGAUAAAUUAAAGUUUAAGUAAUUUAUUAUAUGUAGUAGCGUUAACGGUCACGAAGUAGCUUUUGUAUGUUGUUAAAUCUAUUGAAUAAUUUUUGUAUUAACUUUUAUACACUCUUUUUAUCCUGCCCUAGCACCUUUAGCAGUUAGUAAGAGAAAAAUCUCAAAUAUUACAUAGUGUAAGUUAAAAGUGAAACUCCUUAUUGUUGAAAAUAUUUGCAUAAGUGCAUCAGGAUAAGUGUUAUGUUACAUAAAUUUGUCUAUUUUAUGAACACAUAUAUGUUAAAGCUUCGUGCGUCAUGUCAUUGAAAUCAGACAUUGUAAUUUGUCGCUCUUGUACGUCGCAUGUGAUUGUAUUCCCUUGCUCAUAAACUUUCGUCCUUUUACCCAAAUAAAAUAAAAAACUUCGACCUGCCUGCCAUUGAUCAAUUCUGAACUUUUUGAGUCCAUAGGGCAGGAGAUAUACGUAUAAAAUACUUUAUUACAAUUAAUCUAAUUCUAUCAUAUCUAAUUAACCCUUUUUAAAUUGGGCAUAGGAAAAGCCCCUUUAUACUUGCUAUUACGCUUAAACCUUAAGAUAUAAGCCUGUUAAAUAGUCAUCCUUGUUCUGAUGUGAAAGUGCUUGAGGAUGAUACAAAGGGCCAUAUUACAUAACAACUUGUAACAUUUAGGGCACUUUUACCCUGGGCUAAUUAAACUAAGCUUUAUUAAGUAUAGGGUCAUAUGGUGUAAGAUAAAUAGUUCAGUUUGAGGAUUCUAUACAAGUGUUUCUUUUGCCCCAUCUAACGUUAUAGCGGAUACACCUAAAACCACGUUUAAAUUUUACGGAUACCUAGUUGUUUUAAUCAGAAACGAUUUCAAAAACUAUGCAUGUUUUAAACCAGAUUCAGAAUUGAAAAACAGCCAUUAUGAGAACCACUUCUUAUAAAAUAAGUUGAUGAAAUUUCAAGUGUUAACAAGUGUUUAUGCAAUGGACCUUAGAUUUGAGAGAAGUGAAUAUUUUCGCAAAAGCCCCUCUCUAACUUCCAGUGUAAUAGUAAUACCUAUACUUAAAGAUAGUUAAGUGUAAGACAAAAGUCUCAUUGUUGGUUUUUUAAUAUUAUUAGAUUUUGCAUUUAUUUAAAAUAUUUCUGUAGGGUUGUAUUCAAAUUUUACUAGUUUAAGUAUAUCUUCGUAUCAGAUGUGUUUCAAUUGUUGCAUUCUACAAUAUUUUUGACGCUGGAUAUGCUUUUGUGGCUUAUUUGUAUAAAAAUGUACUCAAUUUUAUUACAAUCUAAAAAUCUAUUAAUCUAGUCAUAAUUCCUGUUCUCUACUUUUAAGGAUGUAUUGUUAACACUUAAAUAAGCACCUAUAUUAUGAAGGCGUAGCUGGUUUAAUAGUUGGGACCAAUCUGAAGACUGUGGUGGAACCCGUUGUGUAGAGAAUCCAGUACCGGGGGGUGUAAUGUCCCACUGGUUACGCCUUUGACCUAUAAACAAACUAGAAACCAGUACAUUGUAAAGACUGUUUACCUUCGUACAACGUUGCGUUUCUUUGUAAAGAGUUAGUUGUAGAUGUCGUGUCGCCACUGUUCCUUAUGGCAAGGCUACACAGUUUUUGAGCACUUUGACCGUUAGCCGCCUAAAGCGCAAAUAUAUUCAUGGUGUUAUUUAAACGAUCUCUUAUUUUUCAAUGUCAUCAUAUAAACACGAGGAAGAUUCUCAUCCAUUUAAACCUGCAUUAAAUUUAAAGUGAUUUCUAAGCGAGUAUAAACGUAUUUGUUGCAAAAUAUUUUUCUUUUAUUACUUUUUUUAAAUGUCAAUAUUAUUAUUUAUUUAUUAUCUAUUGAUUUUCGCUAAUAACGCAAUCAAACCCUUUUUUUUAAUUCGAAGGAACACACAAUUGUAUGAAAGUUGACAGUCUUUAAUAUUAACUUGUUUACAUUAAUCCGCAAUUAUUAUUGUUAUGAAUUCAAUCCUUACCUUCCUUCUACGUCUUUAAAAUUUUAUCUAUUGACUGACUGAGUGAUAAAUUGUGCUUGUGCUUUUAAUGUACCAAGUUACAUGGUUUUAUUUUAAGAUUGCAAAAAAUAAAACACCACACGCU